AGAACAAAGAGAAUAGAGUUUAGAACAAAUAAACUAUAUUACAAUGAUUACACACAUCUAUUGUGUGUUUAUAUUUCCUAGAGAUACUAAAUUCAUCCUUUUUUUCCAAUAUUUAACUUAAACAAUAUGAAUAUACCUCAAUAUUUUUGUUUUGUUUAAUUAAAUAUGCCAAACAACAUGAUGGAUCAUUGUUAAUGAAAAGCUCUGAAGACGUAAAAUACUGUCAAAGUUAGAGAUCUGAAAAUAUCUGAGUAAAAAGAAUCUAAACAAGCUGAUUUUCUCAUUCUCAUUACUUGGCAAAUAUGUGAUACUAAAAAAUACAGACACUACUCAAAAAGAUACAUAGACAUGACUCUUUAUAUUUGUGUACUUGUGAGUAAGAGAGUAGGCAGUGAUGCAAGGAGGAAGAAAUGAACUGAACAGACAUAGAGACCAUUUAUAAUCUCAACAGCAGAGGCAUGGGACACCACAAACAAAGGCAGUGUGUUUAAAGAAGAACAGCAAUCAUUUACGCUUCAGUAUUCACCAUUUCACAGAAGCCAUGUCACAACCAAACAAAGCCCUGAAAGUAAACAUAUGCCACUGUUUUAGCUGGCUAGAAGCUAGUCUGUAACUAUUCAAUUACAAUGGUUGUGAUGUGGCACAAAGUCCCUGUAUCAAAUGACAUGAACCACAUGAAUGAGUAGUGAAUAAGAGCUUCCAGCUCGAGGAAUGGUUGUCAUAGCUUUAUUCACUCCAUAUCUCAGCUAACUGCAAUUCCUGUGUUACCUGACACAGUGUUUGCAUCAAGAAUAGCGAUUAACCUCUUUACCCACUUUCUUCACAGUACUGAAAUGUUCCUGCACGCUCGUUUUUUCUUCUUUUAAUUCCUUCUUUUACUUCCUGUUAUACGCCUUAGUGAGAGGGAGAUCUGCAAAACCAGCCAACAGAACAUAGACAAAGGACACAAGGAUUCAAUUGUGCAGUGACACCUGGCCGUCUACCAAGAUAUCUGAAAAGGGCAGGAGUCCUCUGCAUUCUGGGUGGUCCUGGAGCAGCUGAGAGUGGACGUCAACCAGCCAAAAACUACAAAAUAUGAAGCAGACCACUGACCCUCUCACCCUACUUGCUUCCAGGCAACCAGAAGACACCUGCAGAAGACAUGGUCCCACCUCCUUCCUACAGCAGGGCCACAGCAUGGCAAGACCCGAAAGGCAUCAUGUGACUCUGCAUCUGCUCUCAGUGGAGAGAGAGAGAGGGAGAGAAGGCUGAGGAGGAGCUUGCUGCGAUAACAUUCACUCCACGCACCAUCAGCAUCAGAAACUUGCGGUCUAUCCAUCCUCGUCUCUUUAUCGGGCGCGCUUGGUUUUGCGAACACACUCUGUCCUCUUGAUGUGUUUUUCCCCCCGCUGGAAGGUGCACAGGUGCAUCCCAUGGUUGAUAGUCGCUCUCUGCUGAGUUGAUUAUGGUCACAACCCCCACGGUGCCAAGGUGGAGUCACCGCGCGUAUCUCGGAUCGGUGCGCUUCUCCAGGGGCUGGGAUGCGCACCGGGCACCUCUCGCUUCCUGCCAAGUUUCGGGUCUCAGCAGGAGUCAAGCGCUGCUGCCCCCGGCCGCCGAGGCAGGAGGACCCAGUCGACCCGGAGCAGGAUGCCGGUGAUGAGAGGGCUGCUGGCCCCUCAAAACACCUUCCUGGACACCAUCGCCACUCGCUUUGAUGGCACCCACAGCAACUUUGUUCUGGGAAACGCCCAAGUGCAGUCGCUCUACCCCAUCGUCUACUGCUCGGAUGGUUUCUGUGAGCUCACCGGUUAUGCCCGUGCCGAGCUCAUGCAGAAGAGCUGCGCUUGUCACUUCUUGUACGGCCCAGAAACAAGUGACCGGUUAACAGCUCAGAUCCAAGGAGCCCUGGAUGAAAGGAAGGAGUUCAAGACUGAGUUGGUUUUUUACAAGAAGGAAGGUACACAGUUCUGGUGUCUUCUGGACAUUGUACCCAUUAAAAAUGAAAAGGGUGAGGUGGUUUUGUUCCUCGUGUCCCACAAAGACAUCACUGACAAGAAGAAGGACCAGGAUCCUGAGCAAGGACCUGAGACAGAUGAGGGGACAGGUCUGGAGGUGCAUCAGGUCACUCGCCCCCCAGGCUUCAACGCCAACCGCCGCCGCAGCAGAGCCGUUCUCUAUCACCUGUCGGGACAUCUGCAGAAACAAGACAAGAGCAAGCUCAAGAUCAACAAUAACAUGUUUGGGGAGAAGCCUCCGAUCCCGGAGUACAAGGUAGCAGCCAUUCAGAAAUCUCGCUUCAUCCUGCUCCACUAUGGAACCUUCAAGGCCGGCUGGGAUUGGUUGAUUCUGCUGGCCACCUUCUACGUGGCCGUCACCGUGCCCUACAACGUGUGCUUCACGGUGGUGGGAGGGCGGGAUGAAGGGAGCAGUAGCGCCCCGCGAAGCCCGCCAAGCGUCAGUGACAUCCUCGUAGAAAUCCUAUUUAUUUUAGACAUUUUGCUGAACUUUCGAACUACUUUUGUGAGCACGUCGGGUCAGGUAGUGUACGACGCCCGCUCCAUCUGUGUUCACUACGUCACCACCUGGCUCUUUGUCGAUCUCAUUGCUGCCCUGCCCUUUGACCUGCUGUAUGCUUUCAACGUCAGCGUGUACUUUGGGGUCCACCUGUUGAAGACAGUUCGGCUGCUUCGGUUACUGCGGCUGCUGCAGAAGUUGGAGCGAUACUCCCAGUACAGCGCUGUGGUUCUCACUCUGCUCAUGUCCAUGUUCGCCCUGCUGGCCCACUGGAUGGCCUGUGUCUGGUACUUCAUAGGUCGCAGGGAGAUUGAAAGUCCUGGCUCCUGGGAUAGCGGAUGGCUCCAUGAGCUGGCAAAGCGCCUGGGUACGCCCUACUUCCUGUCGCCCCUGACGACGCUGGUCCCCUCCACAGUCAGCACCCUGCCUGCCAACAGCAGUCAGUGGAACGUGUCAGGGUCAGAGGUCGGGCAGGGCUCCUGGAAUUCCAGCCAAUCUUACGGAAACAUUUCGGGAAGCGAGGCGGUGUCAGGGAUGAAUGCUGGUGGUGGGAGUUUAGGGGUGCUAGGUGGUGGCCCAUCAAUGCGGAGCAGCUACGUUACAUCACUCUACUUUGCUCUUAGCAGUCUUACCAGUGUGGGAUUUGGAAACGUGUCAGCCAACACGGACUCAGAGAAGAUCUUCUCCAUCUGCACCAUGCUUAUAGGAGCACUGAUGCAUGCAGUGGUGUUUGGUAACGUGACGGCAAUCAUCCAGAGGAUGUACUCACGCCGCUCACUCUACCACACCCGCACCAAGGACCUGAAGGACUUCAUCAGGGUCCAUCGGCUGCCCAAGGCCAUGGAGCAGCGCAUGCUGGAGUGUUUCCAGACAACAUGGUCGGUCAACAAUGGAAUAGACGUUAGUGAGCUACUGAAAGACUUCCCGGAUGAGCUAAGAGCAGAUAUCGCCAUGCACCUGAACAAGGAGCUGCUCCAGCUGCCCCUGUUUGAGUCAGCCAGCAGGGGCUGUCUGCGGUCCUUGUCCCUCAUUAUCAAGACCUCCUUCUGUGCUCCUGGUGAAUUCCUUAUCCGGCAGGGGGACGCCCUGCAGGCUAUCUAUUUUGUAUGCUCAGGGUCAAUGGAGGUCCUCAAAGACAACACUGUGCUGGCCAUAUUGGGUAAAGGAGAUCUGAUUGGUUCAGACUCCCUGACCAAGGAGCAGGUGAUCAAGACCAAUGCCAACGUCAAAGCCCUGACCUAUUGUGACCUGCAGUAUAUCAGCCUCAAGGGCCUCCGCGAGGUCCUCCGACUCUACCCCGAGUAUGCCCAGAAGUUCAUCAGCGAGAUACAACACGACCUCACCUACAAUCUGCGAGAAGGCCACGGCGCUGAUGUGGACUGGGAAAGUAACGGGGGCUUGGUGAAGAAGCUGCCGUCGAUCCGUGAGGAUGAGGAGGGUGACGAGGAGCAGAGCUCUGUGUCCUGUGCUCCCCGCUCCCCGCUGCGUCUCAGCAGGGGGCUCAACUCGCCCUUGCGCUCCCCUCUCCUACCACCCAGACCUUUCCGCGCUCCCUCUGAGCACUCCCGCCCCACCACCCUGCAGAUACCAGUGGUCAGCUUCAGCAGCGCGCCGCCUGAACUCAGCCCGAGAUUCGUGGACGGCAUUGAAACGGAGAGCAAUUCCAACUCAUCACAGAAAUUUGAGUUCAGUCCUAGCCUGUCACCAGCAGCAGCACCCCCCUCCCCAUACCAAGGGAUUCGGGAGCACUCUGAGAUCAAGCAGAGUGUGUCUAGAUUAACUGAUGAGAUGAACAGUCUCUCUAAACAAGUCUCCAAGCUCAGUCAGGAGCUGCAGGAAAUGACACGCCUGCUUAAGCCCCUCCUCCAAACAGCAUCGCCACCAAUCCUGAUGACCAUGAUGCCAAAUUUAACCCCGCCCCCUUGCAGUGCCAGCCAGCUAUCAACAAGCACCUGUGUCAUGUUGCCACCCCCAGCCCCAUCUUGCUCCCUGCAGAGACCUGGUAACCAUUCCCUGUUGGACAGUGGAGACACAGAAGGUGUGGAUUUGCCAGGAUGCCUUCUCCCAACUCCUCAUUCACCAAAAAGGCCUAAUCCAUCCUCUUCAGCAUCACCACAGAACCUGCCAAAACCCCCAGGCGGCCACACCCACCCCAACCUCCCUUCACCUGAGGACCAAUUUCCUGAAGGAUCCCCAGUUCCCCAAAGCCGCCACGCUUCCCCCAGUAAUGGGGUAUUCUUGCCCCCGCUGCAGGAGCAGCCUCCCAUGGCCUCUCACACCCCUUCAACUUCUCUCUCCUUCUCCAUGUCUCUCUCCUCCUCGCCAUCCCUUUCUCCCUGUCAAGGCCCCCACCUUUCCCGACCUGGCAGCCAUGCCAACAGAGGCCUGCUCCCGCCGCCUCCCUCACAGGACACCCCUCCUCCACCAUCCUCCCACUGCUCUGCUCCCCCAUCGCUCACAUCCUCCCCUGGAGCUCUUCGGCUGAGGCCUUUCCCCUCCAUCCCUCUUGUAUCCCCUACUGUCUCCCUCCAUCCAUCCACCCACUCCCUGCCCCUGUCUCUGGACUUUACUAGUGCAAGAAGAGGGCAGGAAGAUACCCAGACUCCGCCUUGGUGUAGGUCACAGCUGCACCACAAGGAGGCCAGACCUGUCACUCAUCCUCAGGAGCUGGAGAUGCAGGAGUGGGGACAACAGGCAGAGGAGGCCAAUACCUCCACGGAGCACAUCAGCUUCAUUGAUGAAGAGGAGCCAGCAUUAUGAACGAGUUAAAACUGAGCAGAAGCUCCAUUAGAGUGGCACAGAAUGAAAGAGAUGCAAAAGUGGAAUCAUUAGAUGAGAUCAGGCAAAGUGAUGACCGGAUGAUGGAACAGGAAACAGACAGCUGGUCCUUAUCACACAGGAAGUGAUAUGUCUGGCAGAAAAUGCUAGAAGGAAAGACACACCUGGGAGGCUGAGACGCAGUGCCAGAUCUCAGCAAAUCAGUGUGAAGGAGUACUAUACACCAAUCAACCAGAACUAGAGCAGCACAAUUUGUCUUACAGUUUCAACACUUCAGUAGCAUCAGUUGACCCCUGCAGCGAGUGGGACACACAGAACCAGAGCACAGCUUUUUAACUGGUUCCAUUUAUCUCUGAAACCUAAUUUAGCUCUUUCCAGCCAACUGUAUGUACAAUAUUGCUUUUUAAACUCAGUAUGGAUGUCUCCUCAAAGGGCAGGUACAAACACACAUAACUCAGUGGGAAACAUCUUUACCAAGAGAGAUAAUCGAAGCCACCACACUGGGACUGGGAAUGUACACUCUUCAGUCAGUCUCAGUCACAUCAGGUCACCUCACCUGGAGUUUGCGUCAUCAGUGGUAUUAUUUGUAAAGAUAUGCGAUCAUCUGCCUCUGGACUGGUGGAGGUAAACACUCGGCUGACAUGAAACCAUCUCUUCCGAGUCAUAUUCAUAUUCAUACUCAUCUCUCGUAUUUGCAAAAAAAACGUUUAUUAUAUAUAACAAACAAUUAUUCGAAUUGGUUCAAAUUCUAACAGAAUCUCAUAUUCUUGUAGUCCACAUAGGCUUGAGGAACGCAGUCUAGUCAGUAGAUGAACACGUAAUGGGGCAGAAAUGCUGUUGGGGAAAUGCAUAUUUCAUAAAGCACACCCAUAUAUAACUGUUAAUCACCAUCAUGACUGUUUACAACCAGCCAAACAGAUUGUAUAGCAGACUCCCACAUCACUCCUGAGCUUUAGCCAUCCAGCCAUUCGUGCCUUCUCCAUAUAAAAAAAUGGACCUCCUGAAAGUCCUUCACCUGUUCACGACAGGCAAGUAUCUGGAUCAAAAUUAACAUAGAAAGCCAUCAAUGUCACCUACAGAGAACACUCGCACCUUUACCUAAAACGUAAUUUAUGUAUUUAUUUAGAGUGUGCAUUUAUUUAUUUUUGUUGACGAAAGCAAUGAGGAAAUGUAUUGUGUGACUGAGAGAUGGAAGAGAAACAGGCUGAGGAGGAUGGUUUACUGUUCAAAUACAUAAUUGGAUGCACUCCAGACCGAGUGUAACCUUCCCAAUUCUUAAUGUAGCACACACAUGAAACAUAUCAUGAACACACAAGUUUCUUCAUGUACAACCUCUUUGCCAACCACUGAGCUUUAUGCUGGUUCGAGACGACAGCCUGACACUAACAGUACAACAGGCUGCAUCACUAUGGAGGUCUCAGGACGUCUUGUACAUUUAUUUGCUUUGGUGAGGUGCUUUGUGCACCACGUUACUUGUAAUAUAGAUAGUCAGAUUUCUGGUUUCUAUUUUCUGUAACGGGAGCAGGGGAGGGACUACCUGGACUCUUUACACUCUGACAUAGAUUCACUGAGCAGAAUUCACUGUGGAGUUCUGGUUCUGUGGGUUACUCGGGGGUGAGGGUGGGGUCAUGGGUACACAAAAGGGUUUUUAAUAAAAAUGCAUGUCACAGCUUUUUUUGCAUGAGGAAUGUGCCUGCUUUUGAGUUGUAGAGGUCAGAGGGCUGAUGGGAGUAGACUGACCUUGCCCAAUUAGAGGCUGUUGGGUUUCAGAUGAUUUAUUAACAACUGCUGUUACAUAAAAAAAAAAAACUUUACCAGAAUUACAUACUGUACAACAAUAAAGAAGUGUUGUUUUGUACAAUCUCUGUCUCUUUUGUUGCCACUCUAGGGAACCACUAACCCCAGCUUUAUGUUACAGAAUCACAGGGGUAAGGUAUGUUCUCUGAAAACAGAGAAAGUUGAAUAGCAACACGUACUGCUGUUCUGAAGGGUUUUUUUUAUGUCUCUAACCAUCUGGAUGAAAAAUGUUCCGCUACUCCUGGACCAAAUAAUUAUUUUUGACCCAUUACCUGUAACCCAACCGCUGAGAAUGACUUUGGUGUUUUUGAGAAUGCAAGACGUACGUAACUGCAUUAUCUACUGCAUUCUAUAUACAAGAAAUAAAAAAUAGCAAUAUAAAUAAACAUAACCAACCGUAAUUGAACUUUUUAGCGAAAAUCUCUCGCUUUUCGCCAAAAAGCAAGGAAUCUGUGUGUGUGUGCGUCUGUCUGUUCCUCAAAUAUCUCUGCAGAUCAGGACCAGACUGACCUGAGAGUUUCAACAUGGCUGCUG